CCCUCACUCUCUGAUAAUAACACUCUUGUUAGCAACAUAUCAAUCCCCGAAACCAUGGUCCAACAAAAGAACCUUAUUGACGAGGUGUCCGGUUGGCUUAGUCUCUACGACGACGGUUCAGUAGACCGCACAUGGACCGGUCCACCAGAAGUUAAGUUCCUGGUCGAACCGCUACCUCCUCAUGAAGAUUUCAUCGACGGAGUUGCCACCCGUGAUGUCAUCACCGCCGGUAACCACCGUGUCCGGCUUUACCUGCCGGAGAAAAUCCCCGGAGACAAAGAAAAACUACCCAUACUCGUUCAAUUCCACGGCGGUGGGUUCUGCAUAAGCGAAGCGGACUGGUUCAUGUACUAUCAAUUCUACACCCGGUUAGCUCGGUCAGCUCGAGUCAUCAUUGUCUCCCCUUUCCUCCGCCACGCACCGGAAAACCGUCUUCCCGCCGCUAUCGACGACGGCUUCUCCACGCUUCUCUGGUUACAAUUAAUAGCCAGAGGAGACGCGGAGGAGCCGUGGCUUCAAAACCACGGUGAAUUUAAUCGGGUUUUUCUCACCGGAGAUAGCUCCGGUGGAAACAUUGUACAUGAAGUGGCAGCCCGGGCCGGGAAAGCAAAUCUCGAUCCGGUUCAGCUUGCUGGAGGAAUCCCGGUUCACCCAGGAUUUGUCCGGUCGAGCCGGAGCAAAUCUGAAUUAGAAAAACCAGAGUCACCAUUUUUCACCUUAGACAUGCUGGACAAAUUCUUGAGCUUGGCAUUGCCAUUGGGUGCAAACAAGGACCACCCAAUAACAUGCCCCAUGGGCGACGGCGCUCCGCCACUCAAAGGGCUGAAACUGCCGCCGUAUCUUCUGUGCGUGGCGGAGAUGGACUUGGUCAUUGACAUACAAACAGAGUACUAUGAAGCCAUGAAGAAGGCCAACAAGGAUGUUGAAUUGUUUGUAAGCAAAGGAAUGACACACAGUUUUUAUCUGAACAAAAUUGCAGUGGAUAUGGACCCAAAUACUGGUGCUGAAACUGAUGCUCUUAUUGCUAAGGUCAAAGAGUUCAUUCAACAACACUAAAUUAAUUAUUAAUCUUCUUUUUUUUUUUUUUAUUACAUGAAGAGUUUACUUUGGGCUCAGUUUUAUAGUUAAUGUGUUUAGUAAUAGCAGUUAAGUAGAUUCCCUGUGUAAUGUUCAAUGUGCUGUUGCAUGGAAAUUCAGCCACCUUAGUAAUCAUGUGUUGAUUUUCGUAGUUUGGAUUAAAAACUACCGUUCUGAGUAUAAAGUAUUGAAUUAGAAAUAUUUGAAAAUGUCUUGGU